UUCCUUUUGUGUAUCGUGAAUCAGAGAAUUGUGCUUUAAACGGAUAACUUUUAGCAUUUUAAUAAUGUAAUCAAAUAUAUUAAUUUUGAUCGAUUCUUUUUCAUCGAAGGUAUGACUAACGUUUUGGAUUUCGAUUAUUAUUUUUACGAUUAUUCGAAUCGUACUCAAGCCUUAGAAAGUAUAAUCGCAAACAUUCCCACAUGGUUGAGUUUCAUUCGUAUUGUUCUUGUUAUAUUACUACGCGCUGGUUAUGUAUUAAUACAUAUUGGAAGUGUACCAGUGAACAACAUCAACUUAAUUUUAUUGCAAAAUAUUAUUGACAUCUGCUGGAUAACGAUGGUCUAUUCAUUACUUGGAAUUAUCAUCGCCUACACUGGCGACGUACACGGUGUGAUAGGCGCAGGGCAUUGGAUUGGUGAUCACGAUGUCGAUAAAGACGAACUCAUAACCGGCUGGUCAGCUGUGGUAAUCACAGCUGCAAUUUGCACGAGCGGUAUAGUUGGUCGGACGCAUACCGUCGGUUAUAUUAUCAUAGGAUUUUUGCUGGCUGGUAUAGUGCAACCAUUUUUAAUCCAUUGGAUUUGGACACCCCAUGGAUGGAUGCGAAGAAAUGUACUAAAUAAACAACACGUUCAUUUUCAUGAUUAUACCGGAUCUGUGGUUAUUCAUGUCGUUGGCGGAUUAACAGGAUUGAUAGGUUGUUUGACACUCGGACGAAGAAUACUUCGCUUAGACGCUAUAGAUGAAGCAAGUAUUGCAGUUGGUGCCUCAGGAAAUGUUUUUGCUGGUUAUUUACUUGUGUUUAUAGGUCUACAGAGUCUCAGUCUGACAAAUAUUCAAUUAGAACAUUUCGAAAUGAAAAUUAAAAGAAAACACAAUGUCUUUGUCAACAAUAUAUUGGCCGCGAGUGCGUGCAGCUUGUUUGUCGUAAUCUUUCAUUUUGCGCAUCCUCGAGAAGAGUUUAACCAUUGGACAGUAAUGAGAUGUGUACAAGCAAUGAUAGCUGGAAUAGUAGUAAUAUCUGCUGGAGCGGAUGCUUAUCCCCCAUUGGCAGCGAUUGUUCUGGGCGCAAUCGGAAGUAUCGUCUUUUAUAUAAUUUCGAGAUAUGUGUUUCGAAGUGCACUUGAAGAUUAUUGCAAUAUUGUAGCUACUCAUCUGGUCUGCGGUAUAUUGGGAAGUAUCUUAGUCCCCUUUUUUUAUGUACAAGAGGAUGAUGAUGUGAAAUUAGUUUUAUUAAAUUUUGGCUGGCAAAUGAUUUGUUUAAUCGUAGUAAUUGCUUUAGUUUCAAUUAUUAUGUAUAUUGCCUUCAUUAUUCUGCAAUAUGCCGGUUUGCUAAGAAAUAGAUCGGAAUAUUUGAAUCAUUUAAGAGCUAAUGUAGCCGAAGGAAGAAAUCAAAGGAAAAAUGUAUUAGAUAGAUUGUUCCGCAUGGAUAGAGAUGCUGUUUAUCUUCAACCGGGUAUGAGUUUUGGUGAACCACUCGGUCUUCGUAGACCACAAGAAAGAGAAGAAUAAUACAGACCAGAUGAAGCGAAAAUUUAAAAAAAUCAUUAAUUUAUAUAAAAUAUAAAUUUUUAAAUAUUUAUAAAUACUUAUAUAAAAACCGAUUCAAAUCAAAUUAUAUCGCAAUUAAUGCAAAGAAAAGGAUUUGAUUUUACUUCAAAAAGAAAAAAAAAAAAAAAAGAAAUUAAGAAUCUCUUUUAUAAUGAAUUUUCAAAAUAUAUAACAAUAAAAGAAUAGUUAUAAGAAAUUCAAUAUCGAAGAUUUUUAACCCUUGUUUUAUUAGAACUUACGGAUUAUUCGUACAGUUAUUACAGUAUUUUACAAUAGAAUAAUUUUAAGUUAAAUAAUUAAAGUUUCUAUUAAAGUCAUACACAUAUUCUACACGCGUCUUUUUUUUAUUCAUACAAUGACAGCUUUUCUCUCUUUUUCGUUUCUUCGUUUUACACAACAGCCUGUUAGGACAUCUACAAAAUGUUAUUUUUCACGCGUUCAUUUAUAUAAUUUGAAAUGCAAAUACGCGCGUGAUUUUACAUAAGCAAUAUUUUAUCGUUGAUUCACUUUUAACUUUGUAUAAAAUAUUAGUGAUUUACAUUAUUAUUGAUUUACAUACAUAAAUAUAAUGUAAUUAGUGAUCGAUAAAUGAAAUGAAUACUUAAUAAUUAUAAUAAAAAUAAACUACUUAACAAUUAUAAUUUUAAUACAACAAAUAUUAUUAUUUCAAACAUUCACAUCAACAGAUAUAAUAUUCGAGUAAAAAAAAUUAAUGAAAUAAAAUAAAAUUUUACCUGCUUUCGAAAAUUUUAUAUAAAAAAGCGUUUAUACAUAUAUAUAUAUAUAUAGCAGAACCAACGAUGAAAUAAUGCUAAUUGGAGCAUUUAAAACUUCAUAUUCGAAUACUGAAUAUCUUGCUAUAAAUUUAGCGAUUUCAGUUUGUCACAUAUUAUUGUCAGCUAGUAGCAAAUCGGACAAUUUUUGCUACCGCCAUGCCGAACAAAAUCGAUUAAUAUUGACUCUAGAGAUCCGACGCCGCAAUUGGUACAAUAAUACAACUGUAUAUACAACACUGGUAAAAUGGCACGAUUUGACAAAAUAAAUCAAUCGUUUAAUGUUAAUACCAUUAUCAUUAAUUAUUAUUAUAUUAACAAUAAACUUUGUACAUGUGAUUCGUUAAACGUCACGUGACACGUUUUAACGGCAGUAUAAAAAUGAAAACAAAAUAUACAAAAUGUAACAUAACAUUGAUAAAGUAAUUCGUAAUAUAAAAAUGUUUCGUUACUGAUGAUACAUGAUAUUUUUUAAAUAUAUAUUUUACAGAGAAUGACGUUAUAAUUUUUAAUGUACAUUUUGGAUCAAAUAUAAAUUUUGUAAUGUGUAUUACUUUUACGAUGAUCAAAUAAUUACAAAUAAAUAUUUAUCAUGUUAACCUUUUUUUUUAUUUUAAGUAACAAGAAUUUUUUAAAACGAGACACUAUUAUUUAAUUAUUAUAAUUUAUAGACGAAUAAUAUUAAUCAAUAUUAAUAUAAUGCUAAAAAAUUAGCAUAUCAGAAAUAAUCGGAUCAAAUUUAUUAACGAAUUAAAUCUAGUUACGAAGAAAAUAAAAAUUAAUAUAUCGUAUGUAUAAGUAACGAAGAUAAUUGUAAUUGAUAUGCUUCCAACAAAUAAUUAUCGUCAUUAGAUUAUUUUGUGAAUAACACAAGUUUUUAUUCACAGCAGUUGAUCAAUUUCCACGAUAUACAAUUCGUUAUAAUACAUCAGGUAUUAAAGUUUCCAAAAAUCUCAUGAUUUUCUUCAACAAUGAAUAACUAUUUUAUUUUGGAACAUAGGAUUAUUAUUAAAUCCAAAGUUUGUAUGUUUUAAACGUGACGGUAUGCAAUUAUUGCAAAUAGGCAGUUAUCACUUCUCCACUUAACGUCAUCAUUCGCCAAAAAAUGAUCAUCAAUAACCAUUUGUGAAAUAGUUUCUGAUUUUUCACCUUAUUAAGUCAUUAUGGUACACCUAUAAUCACAUCAAAACAAUACAAUACAUAAAUGUACAAACGGACGCGAUCAUACAUCUUUCAUCGACUUUCUAUCAGCAGUACCAAGAAUAGUAUUGUCAAAAUAUACAUAGAAUCAUCAUAUAGCUUUUUUCUUGUUUUUUAUUUAUUUACUUUUCUUUAUUUUAUACGCUUACAUAACGAGAAUUAAUGUACAUCGUGUCUCUGAGAGAGUAAGUGGGCGAGAAAAAAGUUCAAACUUUCCAAAAGUCUCACACUCGCAGAAGCAAUCCUGCAAUUAGUACCAGAAGUGAAGGACUGACGGAUCGUCGAUUUAAAUAUCAACAAAUUCGAUUUUAUCCAUUAAUCAUUUUCAUGAGGAAAUAAAU